AAACCGGAAGUGAAGCGGGAAGUCUGACUGCAAUAAACAUUGCAGUUAGCUAGCUAUAGAUUACACACACAGGUGUUGGAAAUGUUUCCAGUUGUUUAAUGGAUGAAAUAGAAACAUGUUACAGAAUUAGUUUACGCGGGUGUGGAAAUGUUUUCCUGUACGUCGUUGGGACGGGGAUACAGGUGUGAGGACGAUACACGGGAUUCACCUGUAGCACAAGGGAACCCAAAAUUGACAGGCCAGACCCUCUGAUCCCAGAAUUGUUAUUGUUUACAAAGCACACAUACUCUAGCAGUUUAUUGUUGUAAAUGCAACCCUGCAUGGCCGGCAGGAGAAGGCUUCCUGGCUAGUCUUCAGUUGCCCAUCUGAGAAGCCGUACCAUACUGCGAACUCUUUCAGGAGUUGAUACACCAUUUUUCAUGGCGUUUUCAGAGAUAGAAUCUCCAGUUUAUGGAGGUGGCACAAUACAGUUGGACCUAACUGGGCACAAGCAACUGAUUGACCAGCUCAAUGUUCAUCUGUUUCUGGUAUUCGAGGGUGAACUACAGCGCCACCUCACUGUACUAAAACAUUACACAGAGGACUGCUAUUUCUCCAUUAUACCAGCACAUCACCGAGAAGAAUCUGUUCAGUUGAGCAUCCUCUGUUUCCAUGGCAAUGAGUGCAGUCUUUUGGGUGGCUGUCCGUUCCGAUAUUACUAUGACAGUGCAUUCUUUAUGGCCCAGUUCCUCGUGGAGAGUGUUUAUAAUGUUACUGUGUUAGAGGACCUUGAACUUAUCCGAUCAGACUACUUUGAUCUAUCCAAUGAAAUUCUGGACACCUUGGAUGACCGGCUCCAGAAGGCAUUAAAUUUCCUGGACAUACCAGACUGGUGGCAUUUACUGGGCUCCACCUCCCCACUGGAGAAUCCAGAUAACCAGACGAGGGAAACAUUGUUACAUUUCACAGCACGAUUAGGGUUAUACAAAGUGACACUCUUUCUCCUCGACAAACCUGGAAGUGAACAGUGUCUCUCCAUACCCAAUCGUCAUGGAAACCUUCCCAGGGAUGUUGCUGCAGAACAAGGCUUCACCAAUCUCAGUGAAAUAUUGACAGAAUACAAUUCUCACUUUGUUAAAGUAGAGAACAAACCAAUACAGACAGAUGAAGGCAUCGUCAGUUACUAUGACAACCGUGAAGUUUCCUUGAGCACGUACCUACAGAGAUCUAUAGUUGAAGAAGCUCAGAUCCUCCAGAAAUUGGUGCAAACCUUUGAUAAAACAGGUAGUCCGUCCUUUGUACGCCAGUCUGAGACAGCCUGGCCUGGAUCAGAGGAAAUGGACACAGAUAAGAUGGGGACAUUAGAGGAACAAACAGACAGUAAGCUGAGAGCCAUCAUUAUGAAAUCCAAAGAUCUGCAAGUAGUUAUGGAGGCACUCGGCAGUAACGACAUUGGAAGUGAUCAUACCAUCGACCUUGACUCUCCUGCCCGAUCAGUGGAAGAUCUGUCCGACACUCCAUCUGACAGGGAUAUGGAACUUCAAGAUGGCUCCCACGGUUAUGAGGGCAGUCUGUCAGGUCUCCAUGGAUUUAACCAGCAGCUUCUUCAACAGAGAGAUUGUAACAGAAACACAUUGAUCGCACAGGAUGCUCAGAGAAAAGACAACUUGUCAAGAUUCAGUUCCUCCUGUCCAUCACUUGAUGUAGAGGGACAAAGCCUUCUACCGCCUGACCUAGAUGAAGAUCACCACAAUUCUAUGCUUAACUUGUCAAAGGAUGAGGAGCAUGCAGGCCCGUCCCCACAGUUGGCCCGGGAGUCGCCCUCCGAUAGCGAGGAGACCACAGACAGCCCGUACAAUACAGACCCCACACAGGACACAGGCGUACAGAUCUGCAUAAACGGUGUCACCCUCGACCACUCUACCAACGACUUCAGACUUGACGUCAGUUUAAACCGUUUUUUGAGAGAUUUUUACGGUGGAAACACUCCUGGCGUUCGGAGAAGAAGUUGGGGUGGCAACUUGUUGGAGGGCCAGAAACUGCAGGCCCGACAUGCCAUACAUGGGGAGUCACUUAGGGCGAAGAGUAUGAGCCUGAACAGUCUUGAUGGUGAUGAAGACACAGAAGACGAUGAUUAUGUGGAUGCAAAAGAGCCGCCAACCCCGCACAUAUCCCAGGGAGGUCUGGAGGCGGGGUUAGAGCACCCAAGAAUCACCCCCUCACACAUGGACGCACUAAGCAUUUCGCCGGGGGAGUCGCCUUGCUCAAGUCCUAAUGAUCAGGACCUGCCUGAUGCCAGCAUGUUUACCUCACCAGACUCGGUAGGGGAAACCUUGGUCAGAACACUAUACGGUCUUAAACAGGAACUCAUCUCACCCAGGGAUAGAAAGUCUCACCAACUGCAACAGGAGUUUGGGGGACAGAGUGGUGAAUCCGCUGAUGAAGAUUCCAGAAUUCUGACAGUUCCACAUUCCAAUAUUACCAAAUCCUUGUCCACACCCUCUAUACCCGCAGCCAUAUCGCCAGGUGAAAGAAAAGUACACAAAGACCCCAAACAAAAUGAUGUUCCAACUUACCUCCUCAUACAAAAACUCAUUGAGGAACAUGAUGCACAAUUUCGUCGUCAAGAUGAAAUAGAGGAAGACGACGAUGAGAAUACAAAUCGCCUUCUUGGACAAAGCGACAGUCGGAGGCGGUCACAGGUGUCCCUCAUUGACUUUCUGGCCGAUCCUUCAAACCUGGAGGAUCCAUCUAAGUCAAGGAAAGAAGAAAAGAAACGAAAGCCAAGUGUCUUCUCUCGACUUCAGAACAGUUACAGAACAAAAAAGCACAAAGAGAAAGAGAACAAGGGCAAGUCUACCCACCAGUUUGUGUCUGUGUCCUUUAGUAACUCCACCGCCUGUCAUGUGUGUCGCAAGUCCAUGGCCAACAAACCUGCCGUGCGCUGUGAAAAUUGCCUUGUAAAUGUUCAUGAGAACUCCUGCAAAGAGCAGAUAACUCCCUGUGAUAAGAACCGAAUUCCAAAGGUGCCGCCCCAGCUGACCCGGGAGUCGGCAGUACAGAUGACCAACGUUACCUUGAGGGAGAAGCAGUCCUCAUCGCUGCCAACCUCAGUUGCAGGUUUACGCCAAAGUCAUUCAUUUAAGGAAAAGCGUUCGUCUUCAGGGCCUGCGGGUCGUAGUCAGGUAACAUCGGCGCCUCUGAGCGUCUCCACGGUUACUCCUCAGCCACACCCAUCUCUGUCUUCUAUACCUGAUACUGAGUCUGUCACACAGACAUCAGCAGCUCAGUUACAGCAGCACAGAAGGAGUUUACCUACGACCAGUAAGCCAAUCAGUGAAGAUGGGGACCCUUUCCUCUCCGGGCAGGAGUCAGGGUCAAAUAUUGGGGAAACAAUAUCCGAGUCACUGGAAUCUCUGGAUGAAACGGAUGCACCUUCCGAAGUUAAUGAUAAUUACGACGACGAGCUUCUGAUGCUCCGAUACGAUGAGGAAGAAACGUGGAGUGGCUCAAUUGAUAGGAAAGUGAUCAAGAAAAUGAGUCACAAAGAUAUUAAGCGUCAAGAUACAAUAUGGGAGUUGAUACAGACAGAACGACACCACUGCAGACGGUUAAAGAUCUUACAAAGGAUCUACAGCCACACAAUACUGGAUGAGCUACACAUGCCACAGGAGGUGGUAGACCGCCUCUUCCCCAACCUUGAUGAUCUCAUAGAAAUUCACCUGACAUUCCUCCACAGCCUGCAGGACCUCCAGAACCUCCGACCCGACCACAGUGUCGACCAGAUCGGAGAAACCAUCGUCAACCAGUUUGACGGAGAAUCUGCUGAGCAGAUGAAGGCAGCCUAUGGAGGUUUCUGCUGUAGACAGAAGAGCUCAAACCAAUAUUAUAAAGAUCUCCUCAUGAAGGAUCGAUCAUUUCAAAGUUAUAUGAAGAAGUGCAAUAAUCAUACAUUAUGUAAUAAAAGAGAAAUACCUGACUUCCUUCUGGCUGUGACCCAAAGACCCUCCAAAUAUCUCACCCUCAUAGAGGCCAUACUUAAAAGUACCAAAGAUAAAAAGGACAGAGAAAACUUAAUAAAGGCUUUAAAUUUAAGUAGAGAUCUCCUACACAGUAUAGACGAGCAAGUAAAUAAGUACGAACUACUACAACGGCUCGAGGACAUCUACAACAAGAUGGACCAGAGAGCCGUGGCCAUGUACAAGGGCAAGAAAUUCAAGAGGUCUGAUAUUAUAGCCAAUGGAAGGUGCCUUUUACAUGAAGGGUCAGUCCAGCUGAAGAAUGCUCGCGGUAAAGUGACAGAAGCAAUACUGGUGGUCCUCUCAGACCUUGUCUUCUUCAUGCAGGAGGCAAACGGCAAAUACAACUUCUUUUCCCAGGAUAGUAAGUCCAGUGUGAUCCCCCUGUUCCAACUGCUGGUCAGAGAGAAGGGAGACACACGGGCGGACAAUAAGGGUAUUUACCUCAUCAGUCAGAACAAACAAAACCCGGAGAUGUACGAAAUCAUCUGUAGCAAUAAUAACUACCGUCGUAACUGGAUAGACAUGCUGAGACAGGCCACAGACGGCUGUCCUCCAGAGGAAGUGGAGGAAGUUCCAAAUGAAGAGGAUGAAGAACAGAGACGACUAAUGGACGCAAGGUCAGCCAAAGUCAAAGACAUCAUAGAACAACUCCACCAAAAGGACCGCGAGAUCAAAAGUUGCUGUGAUGUCAAAAAUAAACUGAUGCUGGAACUCCUGGAGAUGUACAGCUGGAGAGUGGAAAGGAAGGGAGCAGCAGAGGAGGACAGCACUGAACACAUGGACGCACUCCAGACAGCUAUACAGGAAGUAUCGGCCACGGCGUCACGCCUCACUAACAUGCUACAGGGAUCAGGGUCACACCUGAGCCGACAUGUGAGUAGUGUUGGGGAACAUGUUAGCUCUGGGUUCUCACUCACACCCCUACCAAAGAGAGCAGAGACCUUCGCAGGCUUCGACUCCUCAUUUGAUAACCCGAAGGGUUGUGUUCCAAAGAAGAAGUAUCUGGCUGAACUUCAGGACUUGGAAGGUCGCAGUGGAAGUCCUCAAAAUGUGGACAGUGACCCAGAAAUGUGUCAUAUCCCAGAACCCUCAGCGUAUGAAAAGACUGUGGAAGCAGACGAUUCCCUGGACAGUUCCCGGCAAUACGAUCAUUACAGUCAUAGUGAUGCGGGAUCUCUGGGCGAUAUCUCCGGCUCCUCCACGCAGUCCAAUAUAAUUCACGGAGAAAACCACCUAGCCUCCAUCACCCAGCUGGCUCGCUCCCUACACAGCAUAGUGCAUCUGACAGCCCAACAAGGAACCGCUGUGGAAACUCUCAGAGCUCAACUGGCCGAGGCCAAUGAACGUAUCAACAAGCUCUCCGCCGAGGUGCACGAACGUAAGGGAGGCUAUAGGUACAAUCAGCUGGAGGAACUCCGCAAUCUCCAGGAAAUGGUAAGAAAGGAAAAACAAGCAUUUGAAAGAGAGAAGGAACGUGAAAGAAACUAUGCAGAACAGGAACGCCAGAAUCUGGAGGAGAUGAAACAAGCUAUAAAACUGGAGGAGGACAAAAUGGAGAGUGAGCGUCUUGAGUUUGCGGCAGAGAUUCAGUCACAGAAGGAGGACCUUCGACAAGACAAGGAGCGUUACCAGGCCCAGAUAGUGUUGUGGGAAAGUCAGCUGAAGAAGGACGGACACUCUAGUGCUCCUGGUGUGUCUCAGCUUAGCUCCUCUGAGUCUCGGGACACCCACUCGGACUUUGGUCAAGUUACCAAAAGAGACAAUUCGCCGAGCAGUGCUCAGGCAAAUCAUAGACGGUCUGCUUCGGCAGACUUCUGUCAAAUGAUUGAAAAUGACAUGGACAGACUUCGACAGGGAAAUAUGAAAACUUCCCGUCGUGAAGUGACAGCCAGCCGCAGUGAUUCGCGGGCUGGUAUGUCAUCUAGUGCUAGUAAAAAGAACCUGCCCGAACAUUUGUUAAGUGCUAAAAAUGAACAGAAGGUGUCUGGAAUCAAAGUGCAACAACAGCUUCCAACACGUAGUGGACUAAGUACAGGACAGGGUUCCUCUAGCAGCCUGAUGGGUAAGGGCAGCAGCAGUGUGCAGCAGGUUUUACCGUUUAAGCUGGCUGCUAGUGGCAGUAACAAUUCUGUAAACAGUGUCGGUGGUGCCGCGGGACACCCAAACAACAGUGCUAGUCAAAAAUCGUACCACUCACGGACAAACAUGACGUCAAGCAAACAGUCGUCAUCGUCAUCUCUGUCCCGCAUUAUGAAGUUAGCGGAGCCUGGCUCUAACAAGUGCAGAUCAUCCAGUCUGACCUCUGUCCCUAGUCUGUUGCUUGGCGACAAAGGUCACACACACAAGUCAGCUUCUGUUGACAUCCCUAACUCGGGAGCUCCACAAGGGACAGCUCAGGGAAAGACAGACCAGUCAUCUGAGAAGACAGAUGAUGAAAUAUAUUGCUAGAAAUUUGGUUGUUCUUGUUAGAGGAUCAAGUAUUCCAGCAAUACUGAGGUUGUUAGAAAAGCUCCAAGCUUUUCUCUGAAUGACUGCGUUUCGCCGUUAAAAGCAGAGUCUUCUCAGAGGGCAUUUAUAGGUCAUGACCUUAUGAAGUGUUUAUCAAAGUUCAAGGUCAUCCAAAUGCUAUAAAUACUCAGCUGUAGCAAAUAUUAAAGAAAAAUGGUCUGUCGAAAUGAACAUUGAGCAAAAGCAACACCAAAAAUUACACAUGACCAAAAAUUGUGCAAAUCAUCGGAAACAGAAGUAUGAAAUAUUGUUUCUUUUGAAUUUGGCACGACAUCACAAUCUCAAAUAAAUCUAGAGGAACCAGCAGACAGUGUUAGCAGACAGUGU